AUGGUUCUUGCUGCAACUAAUUGCCCAUCAGAUCUUGAUGAGGCAAUACUUAGGCUUCUUCCUCAAGAUUCAGAUGCUUCGAUUCGUAGAAGUGCCCUUGAACUUGUGUAUCUCUUAGUGAAUGAAAGAAACGUAAAGCCAUUGACGAAGGAGCUAAUUGACUAUCUAGAAGUGAGUGACCAGGAGAUCAACGGGGAUCUUACUGCCAAAAUUUGCUUUAUCGUGGAAAAGUAA